AAAUGGUUCAGACCAGAGUACAAGAAGUGCCAGGAUGCUGUCCUGAGGUUCCACGGUGGACACCUCUCAGCCUGGGCACUGUCCCCUAUGGGCAGCUCCGAGAGCUGGCUGGCUAUUCUCCUGGGUGCUGCAUGAACCCUGGCCUCAGCUUACAGUCUCCUAAGGAGGAUUGCUGGAAUUCAUUGAUCAUGGCAUGGAAAAAUCCUCCUGGCUUGGAAAACACUUCCCGCUAACUGACCCCAUCAAAGUCCUGGACCAAUCAACCAUGCCUGAAGUCAAAGACCUUUCGGAAGCCUUGCCAGAGACGUCAAUGGACCCCAUCACGGGAGUGGGGGUGGUGGCUUCUCGGAACCGAGCCCCAACAGGCUAUGAUGUAGUGGCACAGACAGCAGAUGGCGUGGAUGCUGACCUCUGGAAAGACGGCUUAUUUAAAUCCAAGGUUACCAGAUACCUGUGUUUCACAAGAUCAUUUUCCAAAGAAAAUAGUCAUUUAGGGAACGUGUUAGUGGAUAUGAAGCUCAUUGACAUCAAGGACACUCUGCCUGUUGGCUUCAUCCCAAUUCAGGAGACGGUGGACACACAGGAAGUGGCUUUUAGAAAGAAGAGGCUGUGCAUUAAAUUUAUCCCACGGGAUUCAACUGAAGCUGCCAUUUGUGACAUUCGGAUCAUGGGCCGGACCAAGCAGGCACCUCCUCAGUACACAUUUAUUGGGGAACUGAACAGCAUGGGCAUCUGGUAUCGAAUGGGCAGAGUACCAAGAAAUCAUGACUCAUCUCAACCCACAACGCCUUCCCAGUCAUCAGCUGCUUCCACCCCAGCCCCCAACCUCCCCAGGCACAUCUCUCUAACGCUCCCUGCUACCUUCCGAGGCCGGAACAGCACUCGGGCCGACUACGAGUACCAGCACUCCAAUCUGUACGCCAUAUCAGCAAUGGAUGGUGUGCCUUUUAUGAUUUCAGAGAAGUUUUCUUGUGUUCCAGAAAGUAUGCAGCCCUUUGACCUCUUAGGAAUCACCAUCAAAUCUCUGGCAGAAAUUGAAAAAGAGUACGAGUACAGCUUCCGCACCGAGCAGAGUGCUGCUGCCAGGCUGCCACCCAGCCCCACCCGGUGUCAGCAGAUCCCCCAGUCCUGAGAGGCCACCUGCUGCCCUGCAGGGAGAAGAGCCUCUGGCCGAACUACUGAGCGCCCUCCCUGGCCCGGGCCUCCUGCCCGCCCUUCGCACUGCCCCCCCGCGGCUCAUCCGGGAGACUCCGGGCAGCUGAGCUGCUCCUUCCUCGGUCAUCUGCUCGCCUGACGUGACACCCCCGCCUCCCUGGGGACGUUCAUAAUCUCGACUAAUCUACAUGUGCUGUACUGACCACAGCUCCUAACAUAUCUGUGUGAUGACCAGUCGUCCUACAAGCAACCCCACCCACUGCAGGAGCCACCCCCGAGAGGCCUGGAUACUUGCCUGGCUGCCCAGUGACACCACCGGCUCCUCACUACUGACUCGCCUGCCGCUGCUGUCCUUCUGGAAGACCCAGGGUGGAGAGGGGGGUGGCGGCUUCGCAUGGCACCUCCUGAGCUCGCUGGUCGCCCCAGCCCAGGGCUGCCAUGGAACCAGCCCCAAGCAUUUCAUGGUGACCCUGAGGAAACAGGCAGAAGCUGCGGGUCCCCAGGCGGACCGGGGCCUGGCUCCCUGCCCCACCCCCACCGUGGACAUCCCUUGGAUUUAUCACUCGAUUCACAAACUGGAUGUCCUGCGGCCGGGGAGCAGCACACCCCAGCCCCCGGCACAGAGACGCACCUUCCGGGUGAGGAGGCUGAGCGACUGGCACUCAGGAGCCUCGCUGCCCCGACACCGUGCCACCAAGGUCACAGCCUCUCCCCACAAAGGGCUUAUCCACAACGCCCACGUGCCACCGCAGCUCCCACUGCUGCAGCCCGUGCACCAGCCCCAAGGACAGACCCUCCCGGGGCCAAGGCUCUGUGGGCCAGUGCCCAGCCCCGGGGGAGGGACGUGCCCCGUGGCCACCUGGCUCCCAGAGCCGGGCCAUCUUGAUGGCUUCCAUGCACAGCAACAGUUGUUUCAAAAGGCCAUCUGACCCAGGUCACCAAACUGAGGCCAACUGAAACUUCCGUCACAAGUGGCCAGUGAACAUGCUGGCCUUGCUCACCGCGCCAGCCGCCAAGUCCAGCCCCACACACAUUCGUCACGAGAAUGGGGGUGCUGCAUCCCUGGAGGCUCGAGCCCUCGCCCCACAGCCUCCGUGUGUCCUAAUUCCACAGAUUGCUGCUCUCUCCCACCUUGGGGGUCACCAGGCGGUUGGCUCUUUGGAUGUGAGGGUCCGUGUGUGUCUGGAGUCUGGUGUGUUGGUGGCCCGGGGCAGCAGUGAGGUUUCCGCGGCAGGAAGGCAGCACAGGUGAGCCUCCCCUGCUGCCGGGGACAGUCCCUCCUCCUGCAGUCCCCGGAUGCACAGGGCCAGCUGGGUGGCCGGAGCACAGCAGGAAUGGACCCGGAGGGGGUGGGGCAAGAUACCUCAUGGACCUGCAGCAGCCCCACCAUGCUUGACCCUCACUUUGAUACCUCCUGAUUUCUGGUGGGGAGCGGUCCCCUCCCGCCUUCCUGAGGCCCGAGGGCAUCCCUGGUGGGCUGGCCUCCCCGCACCUCCCACGCAGCAAAGUGGCAGGAAAACACGGGUCAUCUUGGAACCCACCCAUCAGGGUCCAGGAGGUCCAGGCCCCGUGCGGAUUGGCGGGAUGGCGCUCACACAGGAGAGUGCAGAUGAGCGGGUCCACAGGUACCCACUGGAAUAAGCUAAUUGUGUUUCUGGGAACUUGGGGGAGCCCCAUGGGGCCCAGAGAACCUGUGUCUGCUGCUGCUGUUUGGUCCACAGCCAAGUGACUGGUGUGCCUCAAAGCCCGACAGCGAAGGGUGAUGUGCAGCAGUCGUGGGGUACAGAGCUCUGGUCACUUCAGUCUGGUUUGUGCGCUUUGUCCUUCCAUGUGUUUUCACGCCCUGGGUGUGCGAUUGUGUCUAACAGGCACACCCAGAGGCCCCUCUCAUUGGACUGACAACCAGGCGUGUCCAUAGCUGAUGGGCCCUGGAAGGUACAUAGACAACAAUGUGGAGUCCCUUGUGUGGGGGGCAUCCUGCAGUUCUAGGACAGAGAACAAGGCAGGGCUGCAGGGCCCCCAGGAAGCGGCAGAGCUGUGCCAACUGGGUGAGGCAAGCCGGAGAGACUGCCUGGCAGUACUGACUGAGCCUGGGUCUGACGCUGACUGUGAAUGCUGCAGUAAACAGCAGCUUAAGAUGUUAAGACAUUAAGCAGCAAUAGUGUUAAGAAAAGUUGGCAUCUGUGGUAGAUUUUAGGCUGCUGCUAACCCUCUGCCUCUUUGCCUUGAGAGUUGGGUAAUGGUAGGCCGGGGUACUCACGCACACCUCACCACGUAGGACUCGUGCAGGCCACAGGGGAGCCCAGAAGUGAGGCUCUGGCUUCCUUCUGGGAGGGUGCUUUUCCUCACAAACCCUCUGGCCACAUGGGGAGGGAAGAAUGGGGUUUUCGUAGAAAUGUGAAGGGCAGGGCCUCACCCUCGGCCCCCAGCAGCCUCUGCCCCUCCUGAAAAGACCGAGCAGAGCACAAUGUCCUGUUGCCCCCUCCCUUCCCUCUGAUAAUUCAAGGCCUCUCUCCAAAGGCCUUGGACAUGGCGCAGCAGUGGCGAGGAGUAAGUGGUUUGCUCCAGGUUCACAUGCAAACGUCUAACAAGGCCUGCUUUCCCACCCCAAGUUCAGGGACUAAUGUCGGCCACAGCCCCCCUCUGCUCGGAGAAAUGAGAACCCCGAGGGGGGAGAAACAGCAGGGGAGACCCCCACCUGCCUGCCCUCGCUCCCAGUCAGAGGACGGCCGCUGCCACCUGCCCUGAUCCGCAAGGCAGGGGACAAGGACGAAUGCCGCCAGGCACUAGGCCGGCACUUUAAGCACAUUUUCUCCCAUCAUUCCCCCUAAAGAAAAAACAAAUACCCAAAAGUGGAUGUUGUUUACUCCUUGUUACAGAUGAAGUUGAGACUUGUCCUCAGACACAAAGCUGGUAAGUGGCAGGAACAGGGUUCGGACGGAGUCCUGUCUGGCCCCAGAGCCCACUGGGCCAGCUGUCCUGAGCACCUGCCUCACUGGCCUUGUCUCCAGUCCAGUCACAGACCUCCCCACUGCCACCAGUCCCAUUGCUUCUAGCACACUGGUGUCACCAUGUCGCCACGCCAUUUGCGCUGAGCAUGGGGCAAAAGCCCUGCGGCCCUGCUCACCCCACCCAGAAAAGGGCUCCCCCGAGGCUGCUGGCUGACCCUCAUUUGCAGGGAACCCCAGCCUGCACCUCCUCUGAGACCAGAGAGCCUAAAGGCAAAGAAGGGCCUUGACACAGCAGCCACGUGCCCACAGGGCGUGCAGAGGGGGCGCUCUUUGAUGCGGUUCAUUGUCUACCCACUCCUGGGGCCUGGUGGAGGGGGCCGCAGUCAGCCUGGCUUUCUGCACCUGCUCUGAACCGGCCCGGCAGGGACCGGCUGUCACUGCUAUGGCAGGGCUCCUGUUCUCUCCACAAAGGGCGUGUGGCCACGCAGGGCCUCGAACAGGCUGCUGCGCACUCACCGUAGGAACAACGUCUUUACCGCGUGCAUUUAUUUAAGGUGUGACUCUCAUACUUGGCAAAGGGAAGUUUCACUGUGUGAUUGUCUUCUUAAUAUAAUUUGUUAAAUAAACAUUUGUUUUAACCUUU